AUGAAUUAUGAGACUAAUAGGCUUAAUACAUUUGUUAAUUGGCCUUCAUCAGCACCAGUAGAUCCUAUAAGGAUAGCGAAAGCAGGAUUUUUCUACACUGGUGGUGGAACAGAAGUGCAGUGCUUCAGUUGUGGUGGUAAAAUAUCCCAGUGGAACUACGGGGACCAAGUCAUGUGGAGACAUCGACGAUUAGACCCUAACUGCCCAUUUGUGGUGAACCCUCACAUUUCGGGCAAUGUGCCUUUAGUCCUGGAAACAGGCUGCCCAUCAAUUGUUGAUACUAAUACAUCGCUGGUUGCUCUUCCAGAAGGAAAUAUUGAUUCUGUAGAUAUUGCACAAGAAUAUGGAACUACUGAGGAGGAUGAAAUGUAUAAGAGUGAUGCUUUGCGACUUCUGUCUUUUGCUAAUUGGGAUGAUACAUCAGUGUCCCGUGAAGCACUCGUAAGUGCUGGCUUUUAUCACGCUGGUGAAGGACGUCUGCGCUGUGCAUGGUGUGGAGGGGAACUUGCACCAUUUAGCAGAUUUGGUUCACUAGGGCAACCACUUGAUGUACAUAGAAUGUAUUUUCCUCGAUGCGAGCACGCUGCGUCAUUGGAGGCGGCACAACGGUCUGCAACUAUAUCUCCACCAUCAUCCCCAAGAUUGGAUGCACCACGUGUUCAAACACCACCGCAGCCCUCGGAGAAUCAUCCGCAGUCAUCUGGCGCUGAACACAACGAGCGGGUACUAAACAUGGGCGGUACCUGGCGAGCAUUGGGUGUAGUGAGUGGAGGCGCAAGGCAUCCACAGUAUGCAUCGUUAGCAGCCCGUCUUGCAAGUUUCGAACGUUGGCCAGCGGAUCGACAUCAAGUUCCGAGGACUCUUGCCGAAGCUGGUUUCUACCAUACAGGCACAGACGAUCAGGUCCGUUGUUUUUACUGUGAUGGUGGGCUCGGCAAAUGGGAGGCAGGCGAUACUCCGUGGUCAGAGCAUGCGCACUGGUUUCCUCACUGCGGGUACGUGUUGCUCGUCAAAGGGCAGGAGUACAUCGAAUCUUGCCGCAACCGAAGCUCUGUACAACGUACUGUAUCAGCUGAGAGCGGUCUCAGUGCAAGGCGUCGAACUCAAGGUGUCAAUUUACCUAUCACAGACAGUCAGGUGGAGGAAUGUAUGGAGAGUAGUAUAACGUUGGCAGCUUUAGGCGCAGGAUUGGACGCGGCCAGGGUACGAAGAGCAAUAGCACGUAGACUUCGAGUUACUGGCGUUCCUUUUAAUUCUUCGGAGGCAUUAAUCGAUGCGGUGCUAGAUGAGCAACUGAAUGAAGAACCUUGGGGAGUAUCACCCAGCAGACAACGACUUGCUAGAGAUAUUUUGGCCGAAACCUUAAGAGACUUCGCACCGCAAUCUGGUAUAAUACCAAUGGUGCAAUGGGAGGAUAGACCUGAUAGUGCAAGAUCUCAAUCUGACAUGACGAGGUCGCCGUCACCAGAAUCUGUACCCGCACCGCAUUCACAUCCUCAGCCAACUGAUAGUGUCGUAUGCAGAGCGACAGCACAAUCUCGUACUACUGACGAAACUCGCAUGAGCGAAAGCGAUAUAUCCGGGACAGAGGUUACAUCAAAACCGGCAGAUAACAAAUUGUCGUUAGAAGAAGAAAACAGACAGCUCAAGGAAGCUAGAUUGUGUAAAGUUUGCAUGGACUGUGAGGUGAGCGUGGUGUUCCUGCCGUGCGGACACCUAGUGUCGUGCUCGCGGUGCGGCGCAGCGCUGGACGCGUGUCCGCUCUGCCGCGCCAGCGUGCGAGCGCUCGUGCGGGCCUACCUCGCCUGA